UUUACUGACUGACUUUAAAUUAUAGUAAUCUGUCUUAACUGUGUUUUAGAAGCAGGCUUUCUUGUUGGACAUAUAUUAAGCAUCAGCAGACCUCACAGUAUAGCAUCAUGGGGUUUUUCACCCUUUAUAUUUUGGUGCCACUGGUAUUUUACCUGGCACAGGGAAGUCCUCAACUCCGGAGAGCCAAUGAUCGCCAGGGGCAAUGUACCUAUACUUUCACAGUGCCCAGUCCUUCGGAAAGCAGCUGUACUGAACCUGGAGAAGCAAUGACAACUAUUAGGGAGCUGCAACGUGAAAAUGCAGCCCGUACCCAAGAUAUGGCUGCUUUACAAACUAGGUUAAGCUUGUUGGAGAAGAUGGUAAAUAGACUCUUAGGAGGGAAAGAACUACAACAAGCCAGUUCUUCACCACAGGCAUGGGCAGAUAAUCAGAAGGAGUUGGAGACAUUAAGAAUGCAAAAGGAUGAAUGGGAAGGACAGAGGGUGAGCCUUGAGAUGGCCUAUUCUGACCUCUUGAAGGAAAAGUCAUCUUUGGAAGAGGAAAAACAAAGACUGACAGAAAGGCUAGAAAGAGUACAAGGACAAUGUCCACCUGUGACUGAGGUAUCAAGGAACAGGGACCACCAGGUUUCACCAAGACAAGUGUCUCGAUGGGGAGCAGAUGGUGUGGGCUACCAGGAGCUGAAAUCAGAGCUUACAGCACUUCCAGCUUCAAAAAUGAUCCCAGAAAACCAAUCAACUGCCCAGACUUUGGAGAAUACUAAAAUGGGUGGAAGCUGUGGUGAACUUACCUGGGUUGGAGAACCCACUACUUACCGAAAGGCUGACAACAUUGCUGGAAAAUAUGGAGUCUGGAUGAAAGACCCAGAACCAGUUUCUCCAUUUAAUCAAGACACCAUCUGGCGGAUCAAUACAGUGGGAGCAGAUAUACGUCAAGUUUUUGAGUAUGAGAACCUUGACCAGUUAGUAAAAGGUUAUCCAGCCAAGGUCUAUGUAGUACCUCGCUCUAUGGAAAGCAAUGGUGCUGUAGUCUACAAAGGUUCCCUCUAUUAUGUAAGACGAAAGUCUAGAAUAAUAGUAAAGUAUGAUUUCAAGACUGAAACUAUUGCAAUUCAGAAGGAGCUUCCAAAUGCUGGUUAUCACGGGCAAUACCCUUACUCUUGGGGGGGCUAUACAGAUAUUGAUCUGGCUGUAGAUGAGAUGGGAUUAUGGGUUAUUUAUAGCACAGAUAAAGCUAAAGGAUCUAUAGCCAUAUCACAAUUAGAUCCCAAAACGUUAGAGGUAAAGCAGAGCUGGGAAACCACAAUUCGCAAACACUCAGUGGCCAAUGCAUUCAUGGCCUGUGGUACCAUGUACACAGUUGGAAGCUAUUCUUCUGGUAUCACCACACUCAGUUUUGCUUACGACACUCAUACUGGUGUUCAAAAGCAAAUUAGGGUCCCUUUUAUGAAUCAGUAUGGCUAUGGCAGUAUGGUGGAUUACAAUCCCAGUGAAAAGAAAAUUUAUGGCUGGGACAAUUACAACAUGGUCAACUAUGAUGUGAGGUUGUCUAAAAUGUGAGUAGAUAUGGAAGUUGAAAAA